AUGGAUCCACAAGCUUUGAACAUGUAUUUAUUUAAGAAAAUUGCUUUGGCUGUUGUUUUGAUUCGCAACACUCCAAAUGGUAUUAAACCAUGUGAUUUUACUCGUGCAUUAGCAGAACAAUUGACUAAUUCGAAGAAAGUUAGCUUAAACGAAGAAUUUGACAAUCUAAAUGAACAACAGUUAUUAUUGAAACAGUAUUUGUUAAAAGAAUCGUACGGUUAUUUCAAUGGCAAACACUUAUUAUCUACUAGUUUAUCAUCCAUGGAGCUCGAACAACAACAACAACAACAAGAUGAUAUUAUACGAAAACAUCAUAAUGAAUAUGAAUAUGGGGAUUUUAUUCAAAAAAUAUUAUUUUUAAAAUCAACCACGACAGAUGAUACAUCGAAUACAAUUGAUGAUUCAAUCAAUUUCGUUUUGAAUAUAAUGAUAAAUUGGUUAGAAAAACAUGAUUAUAACAGUCAAAGUUUACCAGUUGAUUGUUAUCUCUACGCCAUAAGAGUGGUGACAGAAGUAAUUGAAUUUGAUAAAUUUUACUUUAUUCGCGAUAAAAUUUUUCUAGCCAUUGAACAAUUUGCACAAAAACUUUUAAAUAUUCUAUCACAAUUUAUCAAUUUGGCAUUAGAUGUCUAUUGCAUUAAACAGAUGCUAAUCACUCUAGGGUUAUGUAAUUCAUGUGUUGUUCUUACUCUUAAACAUUUAUGUGAACGUGUGAAAAUGGGAUGUAAUCAAGACGAUUCACCAGCGAAUGAUGAUUAUUCACAAGAUUAUGAAACAAAUGACUUUAUCAAUGAAAUGUUAGAUGUUGUGAACGAAAUUGUUCAUUUUCGAUCCGUAUUCUAUCGUAAUAUUACGUAUAUUGGCUUGGAAUUACUUAAUAACACAUUGAAACAAAUUCUAACAACAAAACAUGGUAAAAAAUAUUCAAAAAAAAUAUAUAAAAUCGAUGGACGAUUACAAGCUGUACAAGCAACAAUUAUGGGAAUUAAUUCACAAUCGAGUGAUCACAAUUCACAACAUUCUGAAAUAUUUUCUCAAAAAUCAUUGUGUCUUUUCUGA